AUGGCGCGAGGACCGAGGAACAUCGGAAGCAGGGACGGGCCAGCGCCCACCCUGUGCGGCCAGGCCAAGUGCUUCGACCGGCUGCUCCGCCUCUGUGUGGCCUGCAAGCUCUUCCGGACGCCGGAGCCCAGCCCGGCGGCCGAGGCGAGCAGCCUGGCGCCCGGGACGGCGCUGCAGCCGCAGGAGUCAGUGGGCGCCGGCGCCGGGCCCCAGGGGGCGCUGCCGCUGCCCGGGCUGCUCUUGGGCGCCCCCGCGCUGCUGGGGCUGGCGCUGGCCCUGCUGCUGGUGUGCUUGGUGACCUGGAGGCGGCGGCGCGGCGGGGUAGCGCUCCCCGAGGCCCCGGAGCGCAGCGGGAACGAGCCUCUGGGUAAUGCCAUCAUCCUGUCCCCUGGACCCACUGAUGCCACAGCUCCCAUCUGGCCUCCGCCUGAAGACGCAGCCACCACCCCAUCGGGCCACAGUGUCCCUGUGCCAGCCACAGAGCUGGGCUCUACUGAGCUGGUGACCACCAAGACAGCUGGGCCUGAGCAGUUGUAG